CGGCAGGCGCCCAAUCCUUCCAACGUUCUUGGCGUGUUCGGCCUGAGCAUUCGUACCCAAGAGCGCGACUUGGAUGAAGAGUUCAGCCGCUUUGGCCGCGUUGAGAAAGUCACCAUUGUCUACGAUCAACGGCAGUCCGAUAGGUCGCGCGGGUUCGGUUUCAUCAAAAUGGCAACUGUUGAAGACGCCACCAGGUGCAUCCAGGAACUCAAUGGCGUUGAUCUCAAUGGCCGUCGUAUUCGUGUGGACUACUCCGUUACGGACCGCCCGCAUGCACCCACCCCAGGAGAAUAUAUGGGUCACCGUCGUGCUGGAGGCAGGGAUUCCUAUCAUGGCGACCGUCGUGAUCAUCGAGACUCCUCCUACCGCGACUCUCAUCGUGACCGUGACUCUGGACGACGUGGAGGAGACCGCGAAAAGGACCGCGAUUUAUACGGAAGGGAGAACCGCGAUUGGCGUGACCGCCGAAGCCCCCCUCCUUCCCGAGGUGGACGCUACUCUCCUGAGUACAGGCGUAGGAGAAGUUAUUCUAGGAGCCCACCUCCUCGAGGAAGCAGCCCUCCACCACGUAGGGAACGGGAUUACGAUGCCCCUUCGACCGCUGCGCCUGCCGCCGCUGCCGAUGCCCCUCGCUGGUAA